AUGAGGUUCCAGAACGUAGAUGUGCCGCUGGAUGGUUGGCCCGGGCAAGUGCGAGCUGCCUCUGGUGGCGAAGCUCUUUAUGGUACUGGAUGGGUACAGCAUUUCCUAAGGGAGCAUCAGUUUCCGAUCGAUUGCGCUGGCAAGUCCUUUGUCGAGCAUGGCAUGUUUCGCUCAGGCAUGGGUUCGAACAUACACAUUUCCGCCGCCGUGCUUGCCUUUGCUUUGGACCGGGGAAGCAUCUAUUUGUGGCCAGAGGACGACUGGGCAAACCCAUGGACGAGAGGCAAGGAGAAGGGCACCACUGUCCAGUGUCCUGGAGGAGUGAAAGCAAACUCAUACGAAUGCUAUCUGAUGCCUGUGAGUUCCUGCAAGCCGACCGGAAAAGGUCCUAGGUUCAUUGGGGUGAAGCGGGACCGUGGGAAGGAAGAACUUCGAGGCACGGAGGUCGUCCCACAUGCCUUCAAGGACUUGCUGAGAUGCUCUGGGUACCCGAAGAACUACUGGAUCAAGUGGUGGCGCGCACAGACCGCAGCCUUCCUGGUACGUCCCAGUUCUGCAACGCUGCACGAGAUGCAGACUCUUCGAAGGGAAAGCCUUGUCGGCGAAAUGCAGGAUGCUGUGCUUGGAAGCUAUGUGCGGCAUGGAGACAAGUACUACGAGGCGAAGGAGUACGGAUUCAAGGACUAUGUGGGCAUCUAUUCCUGGAUUUUGGAUGCCGAUGCCGAUGUUGAGGUUCAGCGACGUUGCCCAGAUGCCGGCCGGAUGAUCGCGCCCUUCAAGCUUCAGCUGCCACGGCUGCGAGCGUCGCAGAGGCUGUACCUGGGCUCAGACGAUCCGGCCGUGCUGGAGGAAGCAUCACGCACCUUCAACCGGUGCCCUGGAUGCCUGGUGUACAUGAAUGUUUCGCGCCUAUCGAAGAGGCGGCCCCUCAUGGAAGUGCAGAAACGCCUUGGAGCCAAGCAGAUGGUCAUCGAGUCCCUGUUGAAUUUGCAGCUGUUGAUGGAGUCCGAUGCUCUUGUGUGCACGUGGACCUCGAAUUGGUGCCGGCUGGUCGAUGAGCUGCGCAUGACAGUGGCCCAGAAAGCGAACCAUUUGUCUUUGGAGGUGAACAAGCGGUGUCCGCGCUUCAAUUGGGUGCAUGGCGGUGGUGCUGAAACGCCAGACUAUCGAUGA